AUGUUUACAUUAUUGGGUGAAGUAAUCUUGUGGACUUUCGACGAUAAUAUCAAUAUAAAGAGUACAGACUUUGGUGCAUUUCGAUACCAUGACAAACGUAUUGAUCAUGUGCACGAAGAAGGAAAAAGAUCUUAUUGUCAAAAACGUGGUAUGAUAUAUGUACCAACAAAUAAGAAAGGAAAUAAACUAAAAGAUUCUCUCAAAUAUCUAGAGGAACAGUUAAAAGACAAUUCAAUUAUAUAUUGUCAAUGGUAUGAUGACUGUAUUUUACAAUUAAUGUUAAGUAAUGCGUUAUUAAUACAAAUACAAGUUAGUAUUUCCACCGGUGAUAUUUGUAAAAUGACAUUUGAUAAAUACCUCAUAGGAAAAUUAUUAGAACAUAUAUCAGAUGUGAUUAUUACUAAGAAUUAUAUACUUUGCACCUAUAAUGAUAAUCAAGUAACUGUUGUACAUUUUACAAGAUCAAAGAGACAUGUCUUUGAUAAAAUUAAUAAACUGGAACCAAAAUUAUCCACUAUUGAUCUAUUUGGCCCUAAUGGUCGCAGAUUGGACAAGAAAGUACAAACUAAUAAAUGUGGAGAUUUGAUAUUAAUUUGGUGGAAAUCUACCAUGAAUGAAGUUUAUCCUUGGAGUCCUGCUGUAAAAGAACAUGAUCGUGCUAACAUACAUCUUUAUCGUUUAUUAGGAGUAAAAUUAGAAUUAAUUUGUUAUAUACGUAGUGAGUUUGAUCCUCUAUGUAUAAUAUUUGAUCCAUGUAGUGAUAAUAUUAUUCAUUCUGUAGAACAAAAAGUAUCAAGAAAGGGAGAAGUAACCAUAGAAUGGCGGACGUACGAAGUUUCCCAACAAGAUAAACUUCAAAGAAUAGCAAUGGUUUCUGUACCAUUACCUACACAUACAAGUUGUGUAAAAUUUUCUCCAACUCAAGAAUUGUUAUUAUUGUGUUGUAUAGAUGGUUCAGUUAUAAUUUAUGAUCAGACUAGAGCUACUACUAUUAGUGUAAAAGCAGCUUUUAUACCUACAUUGGCAUCAUGGCAUAGUGAUGGAAUAAUAUUUGUUGUUGGAAAUGAUAAAGGUCAAUUUCAACAUUUUGACAUUGCUUUGUCAUGUAUUAAAAGUCAAACAUUAAGUGAAGAAGUUGCACAAGCAAAUAUUCUUGAUUUAUCAUCAUAUUUUAGAAUUCAACCAGCAUUACUGCGCAUGGAAUGGAAUAAAAAAAACGAUUUAAAUUGUUAUAUUAAUUUAUAUAAUCAUGGAAAUUCUUUGUUAUUAUUAAUUUUUCAACGAGGUCCUCUUGGUGUUAUAAAAAUGUUGGAAGGAAAUUCUUUUACUGGUGAUGUAUUAGUUAAAAGAUAUUUAUCUUUAUCACAAGUUGAACAAGCAACUUCUCUAUUACUAGCAAUGAAUUGGGAUACUCAUUCUCGUGCAUGUAUGCAUGCAUUAAAUCAGAUAGUAAAUUAUUUGUUUAAACUACCACUCACAACAGAACGUGAAAAUCUUAUUCAAAAUGCACUGGGUAGUUUUCAUGUACCUAUCAAACCAAUAAGUCAAGUUAUCGAAGAGGAAUAUGGAGAUGAAAUAAGGGACUUAACCAGACGUUUCUUCCAUCAUUUAUUAAGGUAUCACAUGUUUGAGAAAGCUUUUAGGCUUGCUAUAGACUUAAAUGACCAUGAUCUUUUUAUGGACAUACAUUUUUAUGCAUUAGUUGUAAAUGAUACAGCAAUGGCAACUGCUGCAAAAGAAAAUGCAGAACGUAUAUUAAGUAGAUCAAAUAGUUGCAGUAGUUCACAUUCUACAUGUUCUAGAGCAUCCUGUUCAUUAUGCUCUGAUUCAACAAGUGAUAAAGGAGAAGAAUCUUGUAGUGACGAAAGUGAAAACUUUUCAAAAGAAAAACAGACUGAUAUAAAACAAUCAAAGAGUCACAAUUAUAAGAAAGAGCCCAACAGCCAAAUUCCACCUUUACCAGUUCUCCAUCCACAUCCUCUUAAUAAAAACCUGCUAUCCACGUCAUUUACUGACAUAUCACCUGAUGAAAAAACAGAUUGUAAUUUAGAAACAAAACCUUUUAGUAUACCUAACAGUACUCUUACCACAACUUCUUUUAAUCAUUCAUCACACCUUUCGCUUUCAAAUACAUUUUUUACAUCAACAUCAUUCAACAAACCACUUUAUAAAAUUCAUACAAAUCCAACAUUAGUAUCUACAAUGUCUUCUACUAAUAAUUCACAAUCUUUCAGUAACAUUUCUGAUGAUCUCAUGACGACUUCAUUUGGAAGUUUAUCUUUAAACGAACGAAAAAUAGGGAUAUCUAACCGAGUUAAUGAAAAUUCUAUAGAUACAGCAUUGAACAAAGUAUUACGUGGUGAAAUGCAAUUUCCUCUUGAUAGUGUAUCCAAUGAUACAAUAACAACAAACUCAGUACAAGAAAACAGCUUUAUGUCGACUCCUUUUAAUAAUCCAACAUAUGAGUCAGUUACAUCAGACGUUUCUUCCGAUUUAUUAAGAUCCUCGUUAGAUAAUAUGGAUAAUAAUAUUAUGUCAACAUCUUUUAGUACUCCUGCUAAUGAUAUUUCAAAUCCAUAUGACAAUUCUUUCAAUGAUUUAAUAACUACUAAAUGUGAUUCCAACACUGCCUCAUCCCCCCUAAAAAAUAUAAAAUCAUCUGUUACUAUGAAUGAUUUUGUAUCUAAAACACUUCCUGAUUCGGUUAUAACAAAUAAAUUAACAUCUAGUUUUCAUACCAAUCAUAGUAAUCUUGCAUCUACAACGUUUAAUUUUGUUGAAAAUCAAGUACAAGAUUCUUGCAAUAGUAGUUUAAAGAGCUUUAAUAAUGAAGAUAAUUGUAAUAUUACAAAAGUACAACAAGCUUUCCCAGGAAAAAAGCAAGUAGAUUUCAAUAUUCCACCACCGCCUUCGCUAACAAGUUCAUUUACAAAUUAUUUUCAAAGUCUUCCAAAAAAAAAUCUUCCUUUAUCUAGAAGUACAUCAGGAUUAGCAGAUAUUGAUGAGUCUAUCAAAAAAUUUUCAUCUAUUAGAACAAGGAAUAUACACUCACAUUUAUUACAAAGACAAAAUUCUGCAUCUAAUAUUUUACAAGAACAACACAAAUAUAAUAAUAUUAAAUCCUCUAGAUAUAGAUUUAAUUAUGACUUUGAUUGCAUUUCACUUCAUGGAAGUUGUGAUAAUAUUGAUAUGCAUUCUUCUACUAACAACAUAAGACUAGGUAGUUCACAAUUUUCUUCUACCUAUAGUGUACAAAAUAGAUUUGACAGACAUACAAAAUUAGUAUUAUCACAAAAUGGAACAAAUACUAGUACUAACAAAGAACCUAAGAUAUCUUCCAACAUUCCACCUCUACCUAUCAUAUCACCUCCAGUUUCUACUUCAAUAUCUUGUUCUCCCUUUUCUACCUUCACAGAUACAGCAUUAGCAAUAAAUGAAAAACCAAAGGUUAAAUUUUCAGAUACAGUGACACAUAUAUUGGUACCUGGUACAGGUCAAUCACAUAAACAAAAACGUUCUACAAUUACCCAAGUACAUUUAACUGAUCCCAAACGGGAGUUAGCAGAAAGCCUUCCACUGUGCCUUGGAAAUGAAGAUUAUCUUAAAGAUUUCCAACCAUUACCAAAAGAAGAUAUUAAUGACAAAGUCAAAGAAUCUUCAAGACCAGAAGAAGGUUCAAAAAUAAAGGUUGUACACUUUGGAUUAUUAUAG